AUGCGCUUCCCUGUCACCCGAGCCGGCAGAAGUCUCCGUGUGGGGCACGCCGAGGGCCGGCGGGGCUCGGCUCGGCUCCUGGCCGGGGGGACCCUCUGCUCUCCUUUGGACGGCGGCUUCCAAAGGCCCGUGCAAGUUGUCAAAAUCCUUGGCUAUCAUCAGAACCAUAGCGCUGUUUUUACAACUCAAAGGUCUGUGCUUCUACACGAACAAAGCCCAACUGACUCGGGCUGGGAAAAUGCCAUACCCGAGAUACAGCCAGAGGAAAUUCCUCAUGGGCAAGGGUCCUCUCACAGCGUGACAAAGAUACUCCUGGUGCCAGCUCUCUCUAGACUGUUGAUCGUUCUGGACUCUCACACCAGCAGCGUUGUAGUGCCCAAUCAUCCCUACAAGCCAGACCCUUCUCCAGUGCGCUCCAAGGCACAGCAACCACGCAGACCUCCUGCUGCUCUCAGAGGCUUCAUCGGAUUGUGCAGCUCCAGUGUCUGCUGGACUCCUUUGCCACCGUGCUGGGAGAGCUCCUCGCACACGUUAGCUCUUCUGGCCCCAGGUCUCCAUCAGCUCAGCAUUCAGGAGGCUGACGCUGCCAUGCUGACAUUUGGAUCUUUGCAAAAACUCCAUCUGACAGAUGACCACCCUUGAGGGAAAGCUUAGUGACAAAACUGAGACCGUGAAGUCUAAAACUCAGAAGGACGUUGUCCCUCCCAGUUCACAGCACCUGAUCUCCACUGGUGAGCACUGAAGGAUGGAAAUACUUUUCCAGACCACAAGCUGCAGCAGGAGCCCACUCUGCAUAUGGUAUUGCGUUUGUGUGGAGGCAUGAGUGAACCAUCUCUUCACCAGCUUGCUCAGAAAUGCAACCGUGACAAAAUGGUGCUGUGCAGAUGCCCACGUGCUUCCUCUUGCUUUGUAACCGCAAUGAAAGAAGCAUAGCUGUACCAGCAAUCGCGUCCCAAAAAUGAGCUGAGGCGGAGGGAAGCCUUUGUCCCGCUGGCUCUGGCCAUGUGCUGUUCCAAUAAAGCAUCAAAGCACUUCACUGGUCUGUUGCAACAGUGCCAGCUCUGCCACAAAACAUGCUUUUUAAAAUAAGCUACUCAGUGCUCAUAAAGAAAAUUAAUUAGAAGUCCGUGGCAAAAGGAAUUGCUUUUUAGGGAGAAAAUGCAAACUCUGCAGACUAUUCCUCUUGUACUUUCCCUCACCCACAAUUUUAUUAAUGAUGCCAUAGAGGCUGCAAAGUCCUUUUAGUAGCUCUUUCACUAAAGACAACUAGCUGCUGUCCGGGAGUUUGUAUAAUUAAUUUUUGAACCUUCUGUCACUGUCUGUCUCUGUAGCCCCGCAGCAGCUAGCUCCAGAAGGACUUUAUCUGUUUUAAACGGAUCUCCUACUAGUUUCAUUGAGAGUGUCCUAGUUCUGGUAAUGUGGGACUUUGGUUCUGUGCUCACCUUAUCCAUCGCCUCGAUUUCUGUAAACCUCACUCACCUCUCUCUCCUCAGUCUCUCUCCCCCAAGUCUGGAGAGCUCCAACCCUUUAGGCUCUUCUCACAAAGCAAAAACUUUCAUGUAGCAACAAACUGACAGCCCUUUGUCCCCUUCCUGACACUCAGUAUUCCGUUAGGGGUUUCUUUGGCCAACGUCUGAUUUCAGGGAAUUGCCAGCGUUGACUCUCAGAUCUUUCUCCUGAGCUGCAGGUGCCAGUUCCAAGUUCAGCAUCACACAGGCAUGGUAUUUUCCCUCAGCUGCAUUGCUUCACAUUUGUCUACACUGAGGCUCACCUGCCCACCUACUCGGUUUUGUGAGGUCUUGCCACAGACUUCUUCACAACUGGUCCUGCAUUAUCGCCAGCAGCCAUGGAGAUCUCAUUGCAGAACCCCCUUCUCCAGGUCACCGCCACGCUGAUUAAGAUGAGACUUAACACCUGUCCCUGGAACACCCCAAGGCUCAUUUUUUCCUUUCUGAAAAAUUAUUUGCUUUCUAUCCUUUAACAAGCUUUCAGACAAAUCUGGUUCUUCAGUAACCUCUGGCACGCAACACUGUCAAAGACUUUUUGAAAAUCCAGCUGUAUCUUACUCGCUAGAUGGAUUUUCUCUGUGUGCUCACCAGUACCAUCCUAGAACCCAGGUCAGGGAGGCAGGAUGACCCUUUGCAGAUGCCAUGCUGACUCUUUUCCACACCAGUCUCAUUUGUCCAGUGCUUAACAGAUCUGAAUUCACUCUGCUAUGAAUUAGGUAAGUGGAACUUCAAGAGCAUACAGGAAGAUGACUGCAGCAUUAAAGCAAACUUUGGUACUUCUGCAAUACUGUAGGCAAAAUUGUCACUUUGGAGAUUACCACCUUGAAAAGCUGCAAACCCUGUUUUGCCAGUGCUGAGGACUUAAGAGGUCGUCUGGUUAUAAGAGGUGCCAAGUUCAUACAAAGGAAAAAGAAGUAAUUGAAAAGAAGUAAUGGGAGCUUGAAGGUCUUUCCUUGAGGGCAAGAGCGGUGUGUGUGUGAUUCCUGAAUUGAUGCAUGGGAAAUAAGUAACUAGGGCUGGUCUGAGAACACCAAGUGCCUGACUAUUUCAAGCCAGGUGACAAGUAGGCAUACGAGGAAGGUUGCCCUUGAGAUGCAGGUCAGAGAUGUAGUGAGCUCAGGAACUGUGACAUAAACAGUGCUAUGAAAAUCCACCUCAACUUGGGGUAAUUAAACGUUUCCUAAUCCUUUUUGCUGUGCUGCUGCUUGACAGCUCCUUGCACAGAUUGGACUGAAGGUCAAAGUUAAAAAAAAAGAAAAAAAUCCCAUGUCUCUGGACCGACUGCAAAUAACUUUAUCUUCAUCCUGCAUCUUACUUCAUCAUGUUAAUACACAAACAGAUUCAAGCUUACAUGGUUCUCAAAGUGACUUUGCUUACUCUGUUACCCAUUUAUCUGCCACACAAGCACUUGACUCAAAGUGACAGCUCAAAAACUCUGCCCUCUAUUACUUUUUCUUGUUUAGAAGCAAUUGCUCUAUCAGCAAGAGAAAAGUCACUCCAUUUGAUUAAUAAUACAUACUGAUGGUCGAGACAGUCAGAAGACUGAUAAACUUGUUGAGCUGCUGAAAUCCACUGGCAGUUUUCUCUAGGUCUAGACUUCCCUUCUGCUCUUCCUGCUUUGGGGAAGCUCACAUAGGACACCACUAAAGAGUUUCUUUGUAAACUGUGUAAGAUAGGCCAGGAAAGUUAAUGAUUUUCAGCCAGUCUUCCCAUAAACAGUAAGACUGCUUAUUGAUACAGCAAGUGAAUCAGCCUGGGAAUGUUUGAUAUGGCAAUGUAACGUAGCUGCGUAUUUUGAUUUCUACUUAAGAUGACAGGACGUUACAAAAUACAAAAGCAAAUCUCAAAGGUGUGCAGAAGAAAACACCUUUUUUUUUGACCACUGCUCUAUUAUUGCCCCGCUAGCUAUUCCCUUUUGCUUCCCCUCACAACUUUUCGUGUUCAUGGAUGGUUUGGUUCAUUCACUGCUUGCACAUUUGCCCAGCCUCCACCACUUAAUCGUGGCUUAAAGCAGUAACAAAGAGCGCAACAAAGAAUUUUGCUCUCUGACAUUUAAUAUCUCUUGUAGGAACUCAUCAGAAAAGAAAGCAGAGAUUGUUUUUUUGACAACUAAAGUGUGUUGUUGAGGACAAAUGCACUUGAACUCACACCUAACCAGAGAUACAUAAGACGACCUAGACGUGAAGGUGACAUGGAGUUGACAAAAUAGAGCUCUCUGAGAGCCAAUGCACAUUCCUAAAUGUUUAAACAUUUGAUCCUCUUGUGCCAAGUCCAAAGCCUUAAUGAUGCCACAACAAAGACUAGAUAUGUUUCCUCAGCCAGGGACUGAGCAUAAACCACGUGAAGCCGUUACAAUAAAUAAAGGAUCAAUAGGCUUUGGAUUUUGUUUGAAGGUAUCAGAAUCGUGACCCUUUCUUCUAAGUUUUGGGUGAAGCAGCAUUUGGGGAAUGCUCUCAGAGGAUUCUGUCAAGUGUCAUCAAGCAGAAACUCAGCUUUAGGAAUAUUCUGGAGAUUACGAAACUUCAAUCACAAAAUGCCACUCUCUACCUACUCUGACAAGUGUUCCCUCCUCUCCUCCUCCAAGUGGCUGUUCUAGGACCAGGCCCACAGAAUGGGUAAAUCGGUCAAUCGACAGCAAGCUCGGCCCAGCUGUCUUAAGAAAGAUGAGAGCACAUGCGAACCUUGAAAAGCCUCCACCCACGUAACCUUCCCAAUCCACACUUGGAAGCACAGGGCAGUCAGAGAUGCUGGCUGAUUAAAGCCCCAGAACUGAAGGUGGUCAAGCCCAGAGACAGGCAGAGCCAUGUGCACUUGCUGCCAACCUCACCAUCCCCCCAGCCUAUUGACUUCCCCACUCCUGCCCUGACCAUCUCCCCAUCAUUUCCUCUCAAAGUGUCUGUUUUCUUCUCCACUCUGUUCCUGUUUGGUCCCUGACACCCAGAAGAAGGAAGGGAAGGAGAGCAUGCUCGCUGAUUCUCCCCCACUUCUUUCUGGACCGACUGAAAAGCUCGAGACUUGCAUGUUCAGCAGCUCACCUGGGGGGAUCCUAGGGGUGCACGACACCUGAGUGCAGUUCACAGCUGCUCCUCAGGCCUGUACUUGGUGUAAUAAGAAACUGGAGUUUGGCACACAUUUUUUUGAAAGGAUAAUGAAAAUGAUGCAUGGGAGUCUGAAACACAGAUAACGUAAGAAAAAAAACCCAGAAAACUGACAGUUUUUCAAAAUUAUUUCCAUAUGCUUACUUAACAAUCAAAUAACAAUUAAGCAAGACAUGGUGCAGACAACUUAAUGGACCCAUCAUCAUACCCAACAUCUCAGAAGUGGCAAAAAGACAAGUCAAACCAGCAUGUUUCAAUCUACUAAAAUUCUCUUUACAUAAAUUACACCCAGCAACAUUACGUUUAAAGCUGACCCACUUGAGUUUUCAGUACUGAAAGUCCUCUUCUGUGGAAAGAUAAGCACACAUUUUAACUUUUUUAUUUCCAAGAUUGCUCCUCUUCUCAGCUAGUAAUGCCUGCACUACUAAAAUUAACAAGCAAAACCCACUAAAAUAAAAAGUGUAAAGACAGAGGAAAGAGAGAAUAGGGUGUGAACGAAACGGAAAUCUGAGAAAACAGAUGAUAAGCAGAGCUAUUAUGGCUCUCAGGCUUAGGUUAUGCUGUUUCCCUGCUUCAUUUCAUUUGUAUGUUGCAUCCCUUCUAUCUCUCUUGUUAAAAACGUGUGGAGGAGGGCGAGCUCAUACUGAAAAUGAUAAAUGCCUUUGUUCACACACCUGAGAACCAAAGAUACAAUGUUACCUCUUUCUGCAGCUGUUUUCCCAAUUACUUGUGGCUACGCUGAAAUACAAAGCCUCGCAGCCUUUCUAUUGAUAAGGCAAAUCCAAUACUUCUAUAAAAGUAAGAAAUACUGACAUACAGGAACACAGAGAAGGCCGCAAUUAAUAUAUUGAAAUAAGGAUAUUUUCCAUCCAAUUAAUUGCUCCAAUGAACACAGUAAAAAAAGGUUAAAUAAUCUGAAAAGUCCAGGGAUUGUUUGGGGAUUUUUGCAGUUCCUAUUAAGCUUUAAGGCUGCUGUCCACAACGGUCUCGUUAAAUUGUCUUGUCCUUAACUGCGUAAGCAAAAUUACACAAUCUUAGACGUCCACUGACACUGCAUAUAAAUUAUAGCCUACGCUAUACAGUUAAGGCUUAGUAUACGGUAAGCCUGGUUAAGUCGCCUUUGACCACAGUUGUUACCUUUUGAUGCCCACAGCGGCGGCUCAGGAAUGCCAUGGUGCGUAACCCAGCUAUUCUCCAGCAAUGCAGCACCCGUUCCAUAUUCUCAAUUAUUUUGGUUCUCCAAGCACUUCACUAUCUUUGAAAUCGUAAGAAAGGUUGUCCCCCCUCCCCCUUUUGUUAGAACAUGUGACAGCCCUUCGUACGCUGCAGCAGGUGCUGAAGAAAAAUGCUUUUCUAUUAAGUCAGGAUGUCACUACUUGGGUCGCGAGACAGCAGGCAGACCUUCAUCAUUUUUGCAAAAGUUAUCUCCAGGGAAAACCAUCAGCAUGUUUUAUUUCCACACUAUCAACUCACUCUUAUCACGGACCAUCAUUCUUCAAAGACAGCCAUUUGAAUAAUACUUCAGACUUGACAAUAGCUGACAGAUGAAGAAACAUAUGACAUUAAACAGCACCUACUAACAAAGUGCUAAAUAUGAGUUAAGAAAAAAAGGAAAAAAGGAGAACCGGACCAUUAUUCCACCAGCACUAAUUACAAUACAGAUUCAUGAACCAGGAAACAUAUUUUUAUAUAAAUUCCUGAGAAACUGUAUACAAAGAAACUGUUUACAGAGGUAAAAACAGUGAAAGAAUGGAAGUGAACGCUGUACCAAAAUCAGCGAGAAGUGAUAGAUACUAAAGCCUCGGUAGAAGCAGGUUCUUUGGCACUGGAAGGAAUGGCAACUCACCUCAGCUGCCACAGGCAAGGUUUAAUUCCCACCACGGCUCCGUGCUGUUAGGGUUUCAUUCUUGUGUCAGAAGAACAGCAAAAAUGCAUGCCUUCCCUUCUCCCAAACUCAAACGCGAUCACUUCUUUCAAACCAAUUUAAAAUUAUAUGGAACAACAGAACAAAUUAAAGAUGUUAAAGUGUUUAUUUUAGGAACAUUAAUAAAAAUAACAAGAACAUCUUCAAUACUGUACAUUUGUUUAAUGAAUAAUAUACAGCAAGGGAGGUUAUUUAAAGUGUACAGAGUAAAUGGGCACUUGGCAUUAGACCGGUGCAAGGGACAGAAGAGCUCAUUGCUUGUUGCAGCAUACUGGUGAGCUAGUAAAAAUGCUCACUGAAACACCUCUAUGAAAAGAGGAAAAAAAAAAUCACAUUAUAGAAAUAUCAAAAGAACAAUAAAAGGCUUAAAAAAAAUACUGCUUUCUUUCUGUGCUGGGUCUGCCUGGGAAUGAAGUAACUUUCUUCAUAGCAGCCCGUACGAUGCUUUGCUUUGGAUUUGUGGCUAGAACAGUGCUGGUAACACACCAGUGCUUUGGCUUUUGCUGAGCACCGCUUGCGCAGUGUCAAGGUUUCAUUUUUCCCCACUCUGCCCAGUCCAGCAAGUAGGCCAGGAGAGGGAGAGCAGCCAGGGGGGGACACAGUUGGGGCAGCUGGGCAGAACUGACCAGGCCAUAUAUCACCUGCUCAGCAACAAAAACAGAGGGGAGGGUAGGCAGAGGUCUGCUCUGGGAAGUGGCGAUUGCCUUUGCAUGACUUGUUCCCCCUACCCUCCCUUUCUUCACUUAUUAAACUGUCUUUAUCUCAGCCCAAGAGUUUUCUCACUUCUGCUGUUCCCAUUCCCUCCCUCAGCCUAGUGUAAGGAGGGAUGAAUCAAGCUGCUGACCAGGGUCAACCAAGUUGCUUGGGGUUUUGGGUUUUUUUUUUGUUGUUGUUGUUGUUGUUUGUUUUUGUUAAUUAUACAUUAUGCUUCCUAAAUAGUGACAGGCUAAUGUGUCUUCUUCAAUUUAGGCACGCAGCUAUGUUUAUUUGAAGAACGACCUUCUUCCAAUUUUGCUAACUGAAGUAUUUUUUUUUCACAUGAGUGAUAUAUCCAAAGUACAUAUUAACAUUUCCAUGACUGAGUUGAAUUAUUCAAAGACAAAUA